AUGCCUGAAAAUCCUGCUGCAGAUAAGCAGCAGGUGCUGCAGAUCCUUGAUCGUCUGCAAGCAAAACUACGUGAGAAGAGAGAUUCCCAACAUAAUGAAAACCUGACUGUUCUGCGUAACACACUCAGGAGCCCUUUGUUCAACCAGAUACUGACCCUCCAGCAAUCCAUCAAGCAACUGAAGGAACAACUCAAUUAUAUGCCUCCUGACCAUUCAGUAGAUUUUGAUUUUACUAAGAGAGGGCUACUAGUGUUUGCUGACAAAUCAGUUGCUGCUGGGAGCAUGUAUACACCUUGCAGUUCACCUGAACCCAAACCAUCUACCUUCACUCCAAACCUGGGAGUUAAUGACUUUAACGCAAUCAUCCAACAGAUGGCAAAGGGGAGACAAAUAGAAUCAAUAAAGAUUGAAAAGCCUUCUGUUGGAGGUCUUGGUUUUAGUGUGGUUGCCCUUAAAAAUCACAGCUUGGGAGAAGUUGGUAUCUUUGUCAAGGAAGUCCAGCCAGGAAGCAUAGCUGACAGGGAUCAAAGACUAAAGGAAAAUGACCACAUACUGGCCAUUAAUUGCACCCCAUUGGAUCAGAACAUUUCCCAUCAGCACGCUAUUGCCCUCCUCCAGCAAUCCACAGGAUCUCUACAUCUGGUUGUUGCUAGGGAGCCAGUUCAAGGAAACAGCAGAACUUCGGCUGUCUUAUUAAGUGAUAUAAAUCCACCUGAGACUAUUCACUGGGGCCACGUUGAAGACAUUGAGCUGAUUAACGAUGGUUCAGGAUUAGGCUUUGGAAUUGUAGGAGGAAAGUCGAGUGGAGUAGUUGUAAGAACAAUUGUUCCUGGGGGAUUAGCAGAUCGGGAUGGGAGGCUCAGGACAGGAGAUCACAUCUUACAGAUUGGAGGGACCAAUGUGCAAGGAAUGACCAGUGAACAAGUUGCCCAAGUGCUGAGAAACUGUGGGAAUUCUGUUAGGAUGAUCGUUGCAAGAGACCCAAAGUGUGAAAUUAUGGAGAUUCCACCAACUCCUAUGAGCUGGCCAGUCAGUACAUUACCUUCCUUUCAAAAUGGAACUCAUAAUACCAGCCAUUUUGAGACCUAUGAUGUUGAACUUAUAAAAAAGAAUGGGCAAAGCCUGGGAAUAACAAUUGUUGGAUAUGCUGGCACAUGUGAUGUAGAACCUUCAGGGAUUUUCGUGAAAAAUAUAAUACCUGGUAGUGCUGCUGACCACAAUGGCCAAAUCCAUGUUCAUGACAAAAUUGUUGCUGUUGAUGGAGUUAAUAUACAGGAUUAUACUAACCAAGAAGUGGUAGAGGCAUUGCGUAACACAGGACAGACUGUACGCCUUACCUUACUUAGAAGGAAACCUUCUACUAUUUCUGCAGAAGGACCUUCAGAUAGAGUGCAGCCAACUGUUCCAACCUUUGUGUCUCCUGGAGCUGUAGGGACUGAAACUAGUGUGGACACUAAGAAUGAGGAAAACCAAGAACAGAAGGAUAAUCUUCAAAAUGGAAAGAAGCAGGUUCUAUGUAAAACAGGAAGAGUCUCACUCCCUCCAGCACAUGAGCUGAAAUCCAAGUGGGAAAACCUGCUGGGACCUGAAUACGAAGUCAUGGUUGUGAAUGUGGAUAUGCCCAUUACAGAUGAUUCAGAGCUCCAGAAGUACUCAAAGCUAUUACCCAUCCAUGCUCUGAGAUUAGGAGUUGAGCUUGACACAUUUGAUGGACAUCAUUAUAUAUCAUCAAUUGCUUCAGAUGGUCCAGCUGCGACACUUGGUCUUCUGCAGCUGGAGGAUGAACUUCUGGAGGUAAAUGGAGUUCAGCUAUACGGAAAAUCACGCCGCGAGGCAAUCACUUUUCUAAAAAAAGUGCCACCCCCAUUUACACUGGUUUGCUGUCGGCGACUUUUUGAUGAUGGCAGUGAGUCUCUUGUGGAUGAACCCAUCGUGGGAGUUUCCCCUCUAGAACAAAAGGUGAAACCCGAGGAAGACAUUAAUCCUGAGGAGGAAGAAGGGGAAUUAGCAUUAUGGUCUCCUGAUGUGAAGGUUAUUGAACUGGAAAAAGACAAAAAUGGUUUAGGAUUCAGCAUUUUAGACUAUCAG